AGCGCCACCUAUGUGGUUUCCUCAGAAAAUAACAAAACCUGAACGAAGUUGUUUUGUGAACGAAGUAGUUUUGUUUUCUUUUUCGAAAGUCUUUAAUAGCAAAACACAAGAGCCGACAGCAGUAAGAAGGGAGAUAGGAACAUAAUUGUACGAUAAGUAAAAGAUGAUGAUAAAGAAGUAAAAGAUGAUGAUAAAGAAGUAAAAGAUGAUGAUAAAGAAGUAAAAGAUGAUGAUAAAGAAGUAAAAGAUGAUGAUAAAGAAGAAAUGACAGCGAGUGAACCAGUUGCACAGUCUUACAAAUGUUCAGACUGUGGAAAACCUUUGCGCAAUGAAGAUGAAAUGAGCAUGCAUGCGGCUAGAACUAAACACACCAACUUUGCUGCUUGUGAAGACAAGGUGAAGCCAUUGGAUGAGGCAACCAAGAAGGAACAACUUCAAAGGGUGCAGGAUUUGCUGGUACAGAAAAGACUUGAGAAUGAAGAGAGAGAUCGGAAAGAACAGGUUCUGAAAGAGAAAAAGAGACGAUCUGAAGGGAAAGAAAUAUCAAAGUUACGAGAAUACAAAGAAGAUUUUGAUAGGAAAAAACUUAUGGAAGACUUAAAGAGAGACAGAUUACAGAAAAAAUUGGCACGGGAUCAAGUUUUAGACAAUAUUAGGAAAGAUCGUGAAGCAAUGCAAGAGAAUGACAAAAGGAGGCAAGGAGGAUCUCUUUCUGCAAAUUCUACUGCAACAGUUAAACUUGAGUCCCCUACUGAACACACCCAAAAUGUUGCUGAUAGAGAUUAUUCUGAAUGUAAACUGCUGAUUCGAUUACCAACAGGUGAAAGCUUGAAGAAAGAAUUCAAAGCUAAAGAAUCAUUGGCCGCUGUUAGGGUUUAUGUGAUGACUAAGUGGUCCAAAGAUGAUAAUUCUGUUCCCAAGUUGUCCACAGCUUUCCCCCGCAAAGUUUACACAAAUGAUGAUAUGGCUAUGUCACUUCUUCAACUUGGUUUGGUUCCAUCGGCUGUCCUCAAUGUUUCUUGAAUCAAGUGAAAAUAUAGCAAUUAAAGAAGCCAGACAACUCACUAAAACAAUGCUUGGGGUUUCACAGCAACAAAAUAUCUUUUCAGAGCAAAACAGAAAACAAAACUUGUUCUACAUACAAAUACAAUAUAUAAUAUAUACAUAUAUAUAUAUAUAUAUAUAUAUAUAUAUAUAUAUAUAUAUGUAAAUAUAUAUAUGUAUGCUUUCUUAUUAGCAAGGACAAUUUUGGAAUAUUAAAAAUGUUUGUGUUUUA